CACCUAUCAUAUUUGCACUUGCGCGCAGCGUCUGUCUAGUUUUGAGCCCACCCAAUAAAUAUGGGCCCGGGGCUUCUAGCUUCCAAGUUUGAGCGUGGAGCAGGCCAAGUUGCGUCGGCUAGAGCUGUCAAAGGCAUCGGAACAGGCGGUAGGGAGGGCCUCGUUCAGAGGGAGUCGUCCUGUCCGCAACACGAGACAGCGCCGGCGUCCAUUAGGUGACUGACCGACUCGCUCGCAAGGGGUCUUUCCUGGUGCUGGUGCUGGUGCUGAUAGUCCACGCGCGAUCGGGAUGUCCAAGGAGAUCUAUCGCUGUCUUCCCUUUUUAGAGAGGGCCUUGUAGAGGGCAUAGGGGUGCGUGUCUUGCAUGCCAUGCAAGACCUGGCCCGUCUGUGAGUAUGUACAAGUACUGCAUGCACGCGCCAGAAAAUGUGUGUCUGAAGCCCGUCAUCGUCCGGCGACCCAGUCAUAUGUACAAGCUUCUACCAGACUACAGAGCAGAUUACCUUGCUUGCUGACCAUUCAUGUAUCUCUGGCCACAUUCGGAGCUGAUGGUAUGAUGCUGCUGCUGCAUAAGGGCACUGCUUCCCGAGUCUCGUCCUGCCCUGUCCCGUACCACGACGACAGACACGGCUCGAGAGCCACAUUUGUGCGGUCGCCACUGGGCUAGCUUUGUCAUGGCUAAGUCAUAGCUGGGCUCCCAAAUAGGCAAAAAAACGAUGCAUUAUCGACUUGCUGCAGCUGUCACGAGUCGCGUAAGAAGCAGCCAGCCAGAGAAUCAGAGAGCGGAAAUCAGACCAUGCUUCAGACCUCCAAGAUGGCCGUCGGAAUCCUUCCGGGCUAUAGACGUUACGAGGAUAGAAGAGACGAGAGAUGAAAUGUAGAGAGGGAAUGUUGGCCACUCUUGGUUCUUGUUGUGUAGCCCUCCAAGCCGG